AUGUCUUUUGCUAGGCAAUCAAUAUCAAAUGACGUUUCGGCACAACGCGAUUGCGUGCAUUCCAAAAGAACUAACUAUAAAAACCUACGGAUUUGCAAAUACAGGGCAUUCUUUUCAAAUUUUAGUCUCGCAUGUUGAUAGCAGGAAUUACAUCACUGGACUCUACCAUACAAAGCUCAAACUAUCGCCGUGUUUACGACUGGAGGCUUCGUUAAUUGUUAUUGCUCGAAAUUUUUUUGUGCCACAGUUCUUCGUGAUUUUAAGGUUGUCGUGAUUCCUGCCUCGUAUAUGGAAGCAUUGCCCACUCUUUUUCUUAGCUAUCCAUGAUGGACAACUGGCCUUCGUUGGAAUUCCUGCUACUUUUGGUGGUUGGUGCUGGAGGCACUAAUAAUAAUGAAGCUUACAAAUACAAGCAUGCAGUGCUGUAUCCAUACAAGAAUGCCGUAAUUUAUCUUGCUGACACAGUUAUGUUACCGCUCAGUGCCGCGCCCGUUCCCGUGAACGCUAAUCAAACCGAGUUAACGCCUGAAUUGCAAAAAUUUGCGCGCGACUGCAAAACCUUCAACGCCAUUGUUCGUGAUAUCAGCGCCGCAGCAGAAACAGAAAAGGUGAAAACACAGCAGCAAGUGGAGCAGAAAAAUGCGGAAGUCGCCGCCUGCAGUGGUCAGUUAAACCAAAAACAACACGAGCUGAAUGUAAAAAAGGCCGAACUGAGUGGACAGGAGGUGCAGUUGAAUGAGGCGCACAGCCAUUUGGCGCACGCCCAAGCGGACGCACUUCACGCCCAGCAUGAAUACGACGAAGCGCUGCGUAGAGUGGAACCAAUAAGAAACUGCAUCACUGGCAGAAAAAAACGAGGGAUUGAGAAGCUUUUCAAGAAGCUUUUGGAAUUUCCGUGCCACGUCGUGUACAAUAUCGAUAGCGCAAAAGACCGCCGAACGGCAGCGGCACGCAAGAAAGUUCAGGCUCAAGCACGAGUCCAUGACCUUACUCACCUGGUCAAUCAGAAACGCGCCAAACGGGAUCAUGCACAACAUCAGGUGAGCGCAGUUACCGGUCAAAAGUGCGCAUUAGAACAUCAGUUGUCCGUGCUUCAAGUGCAGCUCCGGCGGGAAACGGAACUGGUCGCGCCGAUCAGUCUGUUCUACGGAUACAUCUCCACUGUUUUUGACCACUCUGGAAGUCUGCAGAAUGUUAUGGAUAAACUCAUCUCCACAGAGCUGCUCAUAGCGCCUCUGGAGCAAAUCUCCGAGAAGUUGAUGGCUUUCACCGGCGACCAGCUGAUUAGAAACGAUAUCAGCGCGGCUUUGACUCGUAUGCGCCAAUAUACUGCCACCCUCAAAGAGAAACUGCCGCAGUAUCCCUUAUUUUUUCUUAAUCACGCUAUGGUGUAACUGUAUGAAAGAGAAUUAGAGCAUAAUCUCAUAGUAUUUAUUCACUCAAAAAACUGAGAGGGCCUUUUGGGUGAUCGAAAAACCAUAAAUUUUUAUUGCUACACCAUAAGAAUAUUAUUAAGGAUAAACAAUAGCAGCUAUGUGUUAGCAGUGUUAGCAGUGUGUUAGCAGUUCGAGUGUUAGCAGUUUAUGAAAAUCAAAA